AUGCGUUACACGAGUCUGGUUCUCAGUUCCCUCCUCGCCGCCUCCCAUGUUUGCCACGGCAAACCUCUUCCCACGCCCAAUGAUCCUCCUUACUCCGAGGGUUUUCCCACUCAGGUCGAGUCCGCCAUCUCGACAACCUCUGUCGAGACCACGACCGUCGCCGAGGAAACAACAUAUCCAGGCCUGUACCCUACCGACACUCAGGACUUCCCUUCCAAGGCUGCAGAGACAACCACUGCGACCAAGGCUGUCGAACCUGUGACUGUUUCUGCUACUGUUUCUGAGGCCGAGUCUGCAGAGGGUCCUGCUGCUACUGAAGAGCACUCUGCCAGCAGCGAGGAGGAACACUUCGACAACAGCGAGGAGGAACACUCUGUCACCGAGGGCGAGGAGGAACACUCUGUCACCGAGGGCGAGGAGGAACACUCUGUUAUCGAGGGCGAGGAGGAACACUUUGUCACCGAGGAGGAGCACAAGCCUGUCGAGACUUCUGCCAGCAGCACAUCCGAGGAGCACGAAGCACCAUCCGACCAUAAAGAUGAAGCUCCCUCGGAUGAUGCCGAUUCUGAUGACGAUUCGGCUUCAGACGACGAAGCUCCCUUCGAUCAUGACGCUUCUUCAGAUCACUCGGCUUUGCCUGGCCAUGAUGCUCCCUCGGAUGAAGAAGCUCAACCUGACAAUGAUGCUUCAUCGGACCAUGAUGCUUCCGCUGAUCAUGGAGCUUCCUCGGACAAUGAGAAUUGGUCACAGAAUGAGGCCCCCCCUGCCGAUUCAUCCCCCAAGCUCCACGAUCAGGAUCAUCCUUGCGGCAGAUUCGAUCCCUGGACUAUCCAUUCCCUUUCGCGCCACUGCGAUGAUUCUGACACGGUCUGCGGAUGGUCCUUCAUCAUCCACACUAAUUGCCCCUCGCUUGCUCCUACCCCUUGCUCCUUCACCAUCAAGUCUCUCGGCCCCGGUGUGCCUGCCUCGCGCUCUCCAAAGCAUGCGAAGGACAAUGAUGAGCUGUGCGGGCCAUACGAGGUGCAUUCGAGCUGGAGCGGGCAGUUUGGUCCUGGACAGGGCUUCACGACGUUGAGUGUCAUCGAUGCGGGGAAUAAGUUGGUUGCAUAUCCGGCUUAUAGGGAUGAUCUGUUUAGGAAGGAGAAGACGACGGUUCCGGAUGUGGAGGUUGCAGUCUAUGCUUUGGGUUGA